CUCACUACCCAUUAAUAAUCGGGCUCUCGCUCACCGGCUCUCCCGGGAGAGGGAGAGAGCGCGCUCACUCGUACUCGCACACACACAGUGAUGCUAAACUGUCAAAGAAGCGUUCGUACAGUGGUGUGCGUGUGUUUUGAUUGCAGCUCCCGCUCUCGCUCUCUCGGCGGACGUGCCGUGCAUCGCGCGUGUUGAUGUUUUGUGUAAAGUGGCAACAUAAUUGAUAAUCUACGGGUUCAAAGUGAAGUGUUGUGAGGAAUUAGUGACUGUUAGUGGCGGAAUUUAGUAGCGGGCAACGAACAGAUAAUCUUUUUGGGGGCUGUUCUGUUUCGCGUGAGAAAUGACUGCCAAAAACACAACCGAGCUGCAGCUGAUCGGAAUCAGGAUUGUGUCGAAUGAAAUCUUCGGUUGCGAACGUGUUCAGAGCUCGACACGUUUGAGAGAUGCCCCCAGCGACAAGCUCACUAGGACUGGAGCGCAAUGAUGCUGCACGAGGAGGUCGAGCUGGACGAUACCCACCUUUGCAACAAAUGUGGCCGUACCGUGGUGGGGUUGGAGAAUUACAUCAAGCACAGGAAGGCGAACUGUGUCCAGUCGAAACCGGCAACGGUAAUUGCCGGUGGAUCUAGUUCGCGGAUUGGUUCCGUACAUGGUUACGGGUCGUUCGAUUUCGGUGAAGGUAUUAAGGACACGGAUCAUCACAAGAAGCUUCCGAACUACAGUUUUAACUAUGACUUGGAAGCGCCUCACGCUGAUCCGGUGCAGCGACCGGACAGUAAGACCGAGUACAAAAAUGAGGUUAAUUAUGACUACGAAUUGGGAGCGGAUCUGUUCUUUUCGUCUCUGGAACUGCAAAGUAGCUCGAAAAAGAAUCUCAACACAUCGGCCUCGAAGAUAAGCGUUCCGAGCCGUCCAAAGUCUCGGAAGCCAACAAGCUCGCUGUCCACCACCGAUCCCGAUCAGGAGCAUGAACAGGAAGACGACUGGAUCGAUCCACACCACGAUUCGGACAAGCUCAUGAAGGCCGUUAGUGACAUCAGUGGUAACAAGCGAGAGGACUCCAUCUACACAUUCUUCCACCACGAAUCGCCGGAACCGUCGGACGAGGAAAGUGAUGAAGAGGAAGACUUUGACGCUCCACCGAGGACUCACACCGGUGGUAAGUGGAAACCGGAGAAUCGCCCAUCGUCGUCCCAGUGGCGUCACUGGCCGGACCAAGAAGGACAGCUGGAUAAAUCCAUUGAGCACGAGGAAGAGGAGGAGUACAAAAGCUUCUCGCCGCCUCCCGGACACACCAAGGGUAAGUGGGUGCCCGGAUCGAAGAUUACCCGGUUGGAGUACAAAACUCCUACGGUUCCGAGCAAGAGUUUUGACACGACCUAUUGGUGUAGUAUCUGUAACAGAAAGCUAGCUUCGAGAUUUGUGUACGAACGGCAUCUCAAGUCGAAUCUUCACAUCAAGCGAGCUCAGGAAGAGUCCGAGCUAGAACGUGCCGUCAAGCCGACGCAGUAUCCAAACGAGCUGUCGAAGCGCGUUGUCAAGCCUUCCGUCUACCUUGGAGAUGAUUUCCUGACGACCAGUUUGGCCCCGGAACAGACGUCGACACCAACGAAGCUCAAGCGGAAGCGCAAGUGUUACUACACUAAGUGCGAAAUCUGCAAGACACGGCUUCCGACUCACCUUCUCGGGAAGCAUCUGAUCUCACGAUACCACUACCGACGAAUGCUGAAUCAUCCGGGACAGUGCUUUGACGUCAUCCUGAAGAACGUUCACCGGAUCGUGUUGCAAUCUCCGUUCCAGUGUCAUCCCUGCAAGUUUUACGCGAACAACCAAGAGCAGUUCAUGACCCACUGGAACUCACUUGGUCACGAACAGCAGGUCAGCUCCAGUGGCAAGUUUUGGUGCAGCUUCUGCAAGUUCGAGUGCAUUGAGAACUUUCAAAUGACCAACCACCUGUUAGGGCCAGACCAUCAGGAAGUCAUUUCCGUUAUCAACAGAUCCGUCCCGAUCAUCAUCCGUAAAAUCACCCCAAUAACCUGCUUCUUCUGCGGCGACGAGUUCCGCUACAACGUCCAACUCCAGAAGCACCACGAGUUCUGCAACGAGGGAACCCCCGAAGAUACCAACCGGGUCAAGCGGUCCUUUCAAAACGCCUUCUCCUGCGACCUCUGCAAGGCUUCCUUCCACAACAAGAUGCUUCUCCUCCAGCACGGUCAAAAGCUGCACCGUCUUACGACCUACUACUGCUCGAUCUGCGAACUAUCCUUCAAUACCCCGGCCGAAUCCAAACUACACCGCCAAACCACGGCCCACAAAGUAAUGUCCGCGCGCAAACGCAAAACGCUCAACCCAUCCGGCAAACGCUGCCACAUCUGCAAGCAAUACCUCGCCGACAUCCUGGAGCUCAAACAUCACAUCCGGCAGGACCAUCCCGAAGUCAAGUACAGCUGCCCCCAGUGCGGUCAAAGUUUCGUGCUAGCCCAAGAACUUGGCAGACACGUACGUGACAAAAAUUGUACAUUUUUCAAUUCGCCAGCACUGCAGCAGCCGGAGACGGAGCCGCUGCCGUCAUCAUCAACCGCCGCUGCCGGAAAAGCAGUCCCAUCAACAGCCCGGGCGCAUCUUCCGGGCGAAAAUUCAAUUAUCCUAAAUGAUUCAAUUAAAGUAAAUAUGAAUGAUCAUAAAAUAGGAAAGGAGUCACAUCUGUAUUCUUCGGCUCCGGUCACGGGCACGAUGAUGGUGCGGCGGACGGUCCUGGUCGGCGGCCGGACGGAAACCGUUUCGAGAGCACCGACGUUGGUGGAGGCGGUGGAGGCUGGCAACACUGCUGAUGAGUCGUCCGGAGCUCUGUCAACCAUGCCGGCAAUGACCAUGAUGGACCAUUACACCAACCUUCUGCCGACCAUCCCAUCUGAACCAUCAGAACCAACAACAACUUUGGUGCUAUCAACCACAGUCGCAACGGUAGCAGAGAAGCCAGAAUCGACACCCGAAAUUGAGACCCAUCACUUGGCUGGCAACACUGUCACCACCACCACCACCACCAUCACAACCUUCGACCCAGCAUCGUCCUCGACCAUGAUAACCUCGGCAUCAAAUUCCACUUGUGAUGAUAAUAUUGUCACCACCAGUGUUGGGGCCGUGUCCACGUCAGCAGAAAUCUUUUUCGCCAUGGCUAAUAAUGCGUCCGAAAAUAAUACUGUUUACGUUGAUGAAAUUGUUGGCACCAUCACGGACGACGGCUCCGACAUUUCCUGGCAGUGUAAAAUAUGCCCAUUCAGGACCUCAUCACAGGCGGAAUUUUUGUACCAUGGUAUUCUGCACUCGUCAAAGGUCGACACGGCCAGUACGGUCAAGAUUCCCUGCUCCCUCUGUCGGAAACCCUUUCGAAGGGCCUCCCUCAGGGCGCACCUGCGCCAGCACACCAACGAGCGGAUCUUCCCCUGUGAGCUGUGUCCAAUGAGCUUUACGCGGAAGGCGAAUCUCAAGAACCACGUGGACAACAUUCACGCCGCUGUGAGGUUGGAGUCGGAGAUGACCAUCGACGAUGUGCCGGUGAUUGAGCGGAAGUUUUUCGUCUGUGAAACGUGCGGCAAGGCGUUCGGUAACAGCAACCUGCUCCUUCAGCAUACCCGCGUCCACCUGAGGGACAGAUCGAUCAAGGAAUUUGCCUGUCAGCACGCCGGCUGCUUCUACGUGGGCCGAAGCGCGGCCGAGGUGCGAACCCAUCUGGCCAGCCGCCACUCGGACGAGCGGAACUUUGUCUGCGUCGAGCCAGACUGUGACUACCGGGGGAAAACCAUCACUCAGCUGCGACGGUAAGUGUGUGGGGAAUCUCGUUAAUCAAUGCUAGCUGUUAGCUGUCCUCUCGGAGAUAAUGGAUUGAUGCCUCAGAUUUGGCGCGGGUAAUUAU